GCAGUAAACUCACCUACCCCGCCCUCCUAUGGCUCAUGAAAUGUAUAAGUAUAAGCAUGUAUAUAUAAGUAUAAGUACACGAGUGGCGUGUGUUUAUGACGCUAAGCACCAAGUGUUAUAUUUUAGUGUGUGAUUUAUUCGACCUGUACGACGGUCGUGCAGUUGCUAGGUGAACGUUAAGAUACAACACAAGGCGUUCUCAGCACCAGUCAGUCAUACAGCAAUACCGUAAAUAUAUUUACACUCGGUGAACUUUGCCAACGUCAUCUGGUGAACUUGUCGUAAAUUUGUGUACAUGAACUUCCAGGCAUGCAAACCACCACGCUUCAUCCGGACAUCCGCUUAACCCCCGACCCGGUGUCCACACCGGAAAAAUUUCGAUCCGGUCACUGUCACUUGGAACUGACGCCCGUCUGGCAGUACAUAAUAAAAAAAAACAGAUUCCCGGAAAAUGUAGACCGGCAAGAAGUGUUCUCCGAGCUAGUCGUCAGACUGCAGCAUCCCGAAUGGCAGGUGAGACUUCACGGUUCCCGAGUACUAGCUUACAUUAUACCAGCAGUCGGCCCUCAGCUAGACGCAUUGAUGUCCCCUACAAUACUUCCUUCGGUUAUAACAAAUCUUGCACAUUUUUCUCCGGCGCUCAGAAGCAGCUCUAUGGACGUGAUAUUAAUCUAUGUGCAACAUUCAUCGGAUCCCGAACAAGUUCUCAAGACCAUGAUCAUUCAGGGGUUGGAUGUAUCUGGUGCCAAAUCUAGUCUCACCGUGAAUGUGAUGGAGUGCGUUCCUGUGGUACUUCAGCAAAUUGUAAAAAGAAAUGGAGACCGGCCAAUUGCUAUUCCCACAUUUGUGCAUCUUGUAACUGCGCUAUCUAACAAAAUGAUACAAGCAACAUUUCAACAAGCAGCUGUUUACUGUUUGGAUAGAGUCAAAGAAAUAGUUGGAAGAAAUAAAUUUGAUCAUUAUCUUGAAACAUUUCACCCCAUUAUUAAAAAGGACUUUGAAGUACUAUGUGAAGUUUAUAGAAUAUCCUCCUCGUCUGGUCGAGAUUCAUCAAUAUCUUCUUACGACGAUGAAGAUGAUGUAGAAAUAUCAAAAACUCCUAGAAGAGUAACAUUCGGAGGUGAAUUAAUUAAAAUAAGAAGUCCUGAAGUUUCUGAUGAUCCUGAGAUAAUAAGGCCUACUGGUAUUCCAAUACCAAUCAAGCCUGCAUUGAACAUUCCAAAACAUCCCAAAGACGAAUUGAAAAACAAAUCAAUAAGAUUACUAAUUCCACGUCAGAGAAAUUAUAAGAUAACAAAAAAUAAGAAAAUGGACAAAUCAGAUAAAGAUAUAGAAUCAUCAAUAAGAACGACGUUGUCAAUGACCGUGGUUCCAGAAAUCAGACCAGAACAGAAGCUGAAGUCACCAAUUGCCAUCGAAGUAAUAACUAAAGAACACUACGACUCGAAUACAUCUCAACAGUAUUCAAACAGUUCAAAUUCAAAUAACAGUCACCAUGAUAGUUUAUCCGAGUCUUCUUUAAAUAUUCCGUUAGAAAAAUUGGACGGUUCUGCGAUAUUAGAAACGCUACAUUUCGAUCAGUCUAAAGGGAACGACAGUAAUAAGUCUUCAGCUAACGGUAUUAUUAAUCACAAUAACAACGUCCCAUUAAACUCUAUAAAUGGGAUUUCAUCUAAAAACGACAAACCUAUAGCUCAAGUUAAACCCACGACAUCUACUGUGCAGAAACUAAAGCCGCCCAAGGAAAGGAGAAAAUCAAUCAGUAGAAAGCAUCAGAAAAAACAAGAAAAAAGAUCCGAUGAAAUGGGACCGAAUUUUACUCCAUUCAACGAACCUCAAAAAGCUUUACAGUUGGCUGCCACUCAAAUCAAUUGCUCGGAAUGGGAAGCAGCAGUCACGGGUCUACAGAAUAUUUCAAGACUAUCUAUGUUUCACGGAAAAGAACUACGUCCUAACUCUUUGCAGCCAUUCGUUCGAACUGUAGCUAAACACAUAAAAAGUCUCAGAUCUCAAGUUUCUCGAGCAGCGUGCACAGCUGUACAGAAAAUGUUUACAUACGUGCCUAAGUCGGUGGAGCCAGACAUUGAAGUUAUCGCAUCAGCUUUGUUUCCACGUACAGCUGAUACAAAUAGAUUUCUUCGAGUACAAAGCACAGAUGCUCUCAACGCGAUGGUCGAUAAUGUAAACCCUAAUAAAUGUGUGCAUGUGAUCACAUCUAAAGGAAUUAAGCACGGUAAUCGUUUGGUUCGUGCAGAAGCAUGUCGUCUUUUAGCCAGGGUAGUUGAUAAGCUUGGAGUAGGUGGAACACUUCAUUUACCGGUAGAUGCUAGAGAUUCUGUAAUAACUGCUGCUACAAACAUGGUAUUAGACAAUACGCCUACUUCUCGACAAGCUGCUCAACACAUAUUAUCAAAAUUGAGUGAAGAUCCAAGAGGUAUGGCACUUAUAUCAUCAGCAGCUUCACCAAACGUGAAAGUUACAUUAAAUAAAUCGUUGUCAAGAAUAUUUCUUAAAUGA